AUGUCUCCUCAGGCUGCUGGUGGCCACCCGCCCGCGUACGAGCCCGUUCCUCGGACGCCCAGUCCCGAGACCUUGACAGCGAAACCAAGCAAGAAGCAUGCGAGUUGCUCGGAUACGUGGGCGUCCAUCAUGUUAAGCACAUGGCUGUGGGAGGCCGUGGCGAUGAUCUUCAGCAUGCUUUGUUUCGCCGCCAUUGUCGGCGUUCUCAGAGCGUUUGACCAGAAGUCGCGCCCGAGCUUUGCAUACGGGCUGACCCUCAACGCUAUUAUUUCUAUCCUUGCCACUGCAUCCAAGUCGUCCCUUAUAUAUGUCAUUGGGGAGUGUAUGGGCCAGUUAAAAUGGAUCUGGUUCUGCAAAGAGGGAAAGCAGCUGGAUGGCAUGCAGCUGUUUGACAGCGCCAGUCGAGGGCCGCUGGGCUCACUAUUUAUCAUCCUGGACCACAAGGGCCAGUCGCUCGCAUCGCUAGGCGCGCUGUUGAUGAUUCUAGCCCUGAUAUACGACCCCUUUGUGCAGCAGAUUAUCACUUACCCGACACGCGAGACGGCCGACACAUCCGACCUGAGCCGCGCACUCGCAAAACAAGCAUUCUAUGUCGACCCGGACUUGCUCAGCGCCGAACGCGAAGAUACCGACGUCGCAAAUGUUGUAUACACUGGCGUCUGGACCGAGUCCUCUGAUUACCUGCAACCCCGGUUGACGUGCUCAUCGGGGAACUGCAGGUGGCCGACCUACCGGUCAGUGGGGAUGUGCAGCAAAUGCGAAGAUAUCACGUCUACGACAACCUUUGAAUGCGGCGCCAACGGUCCCAUUGAAACCCCCGAGCCCGAAGUAACUUACGAGGGCUGUUCCAACAGUACUUCGCAUGAAAGCUGCACCAGCAUCUCCACAACAACAAGCUUGCCAACGUCGUAUACGGAUUGUUCCAUCACCACGUCAAAGCGGGACUCGCUUAACGCAACCCUUGACUUUUUUCUGAGCACAUUGCCGGACGGCACGCCUCGGAGACACCUGACAGUCCCGGAGCACAUAGUCUGGUCGCCCUACGAGUAUCAAAUAUGGCCUCACAAUAAGACCUAUGUCGGGAUCCGCGAUCCGCAGUUCGUGGCUAUCCAUACUGAACUGGGCCUGGCCAGCAAUAAAACAACGGGAUAUUCUCCGCUGUCGCAUUUGGGGGACACACUGGAAGUGAAGCGGUGCACGCAAUGCGCACUUGCUCUCUGUCUCCAGACAUAUGACAUCUCCGUCUCCAACGGAACGGCCUCGUUCGAUAUCGGUUCAACCGACUAUGGUGGAUUCUUCUAUAAUUCCCAUCCAGACCAAUGGGGCAACAACGAGUGGUGCUGGAGGCCUGAGAGCAGCCUUGCCCCCUCGCUCGUCAACAUCCCCACCGAGCCCGACGCAGGCAGUGUGUACGCCAACAAAUCCGAAUUUGCCUUCUUCUUUAAGAAAUGGUAUAUGAUCGACGACUAUCUCACUCGCGUCUCAAGAAGCCAGUCUGAUUCCCCCAACGUCGACAAGAUCAUCAAUACAGGCUUGGAAGCCGUCAUGGCCAACGUCGCCGCCUCGUUCACAAAGGCUGCGCUAACAGCCAGCAACGGCACCGUCACCGGAACAGCUUACGUCUCAGAGGUCUAUGUCUCUGUCGACUGGGUCUUGCUUAUCCUCCCCGCGGCGCUGGUGGCGCUUGGAAUCGUGCUUUUGGGGUUGACGGUCUUUGUUAAUCGACGGCGGAAGCUGCCGCUGUGGAAGUCGUCUCUGCUUGCCGUGCUCUUCCAUGGGCUUAAUGGGUUUGAGGCUGAGGAUGCGGAUGCCAGCAGCAGGACAGAGACUGCGGACCAGAUGGAGAAGGUGGCGCAGGGGAUCACGGUGCGGCUUAGGGCGGUUGACGAGCAGAGGGGGCUGAUGUUGGAUAGGUCUUGA